AUGAUGUGUCCAGAAAAACCGAAAAAUAAACCAGACGAACAUAUCGACGACGACGAUCUUGCACCACAAGAGCCAACCCCAGCAAAAUCCAAAGAAACCAAGGAAGACUCCGAGACAGCAGCCGCGCUACCAAAUAAGCAGACGCCAGCCACUGAGACUGAACCGGAUCCUCCAAAGAAAGAAAAUAAGUUGGUUGAGGCUGACAAGAGCAUCGCCAAUAUCGAAAAGUGCGAGAUGUCAGGCGAAGGAGAACUCAAUGUGGACAACCUUAUCACCAGAUUACUCGAAGUUCGUGGAUGUCGUCCUGGUAAAACGGUCACCAUGACAGAGGCGGAAAUCCGUGCUCUUUGUCAUAAAUCUCGUGAAAUAUUCCUCUCUCAACCAAUUUUGUUGGAGCUGGAGGCACCCUUGAAGAUAUGUGGAGAUAUUCAUGGUCAGUACAACGAUUUACUUCGUUUAUUCGAGUACGGUGGUUUUCCACCUGAGGCUAAUUAUCUAUUUCUUGGAGAUUACGUAGAUAGAGGAAAACAAAGUUUGGAGACGAUUUGUCUUCUGUUAGCGUAUAAGGUGAAGUAUCCAGAAAACUUCUUCUUGCUCAGAGGAAAUCAUGAAUGCGCCUCUAUUAACAGAAUUUAUGGAUUUUACGACGAAUGUAAACGCAGAUUCUCCAUCAAACUGUGGAAAACGUUCACUGAUUGCUUCAAUUGUCUACCAAUUGCGGCACUAAUUGAUGAGAAAAUUUUCUGUUGUCACGGCGGUCUUUCACCUGAUCUACAAAAUAUGGAACAAAUUAGACGCGUCAUGCGACCAACGGAUGUGCCAGAUACGGGACUACUUUGUGAUUUACUUUGGUCUGAUCCCGAUAAGGACGUUACGGGCUGGGGUGAGAACGAUCGUGGUGUGUCAUUCACAUUUGGUCCAGAUGUCGUUGCGAAGUUCCUCAACCGACACGAUCUCGAUUUAAUAUGUAGAGCUCAUCAGGUCGUUGAAGAUGGUUAUGAGUUCUUUGCGAAACGACAAUUGGUAACAUUGUUCUCUGCACCUAAUUAUUGCGGUGAAUUUGACAACGCCGGUGGUAUGAUGAGUGUCGACGAGACGUUGAUGUGCAGUUUCCAGAUUCUGAAGCCGUCAGAGAAGAAGGCGAAGUACCAGUAUGCUGGUCUGAAUAGCGGACGGCCAGCGGUGGGCGGAGCAAGGCCUGUGGGGAAGAAAUAA